CAGCUCCAUUACAGUCAACGAGUCUUGCUCUGCAUCUACAAGCAUUUAUUUCUGUUCAUCUUUUGGAGGUACAAUUAGCUUGGGUGGGACCACAUAGCUAUCAUAUUCCAGAAAGACAUUUGGUCGGCAAUCGCACCUCCUUCCUCGGUCGCUCAGCCACCCUUUUCCUUUACAACUCGCGACUAGCUCUCCGGCUUCCGCAAAGAUGGCGGCGGGGCUUAAAACCAUUAUCGCCCUUUCUUUUGUUCUUGCAAUCGGAUUCCUGCUUGUCAUUCUAUCUUCGGCUCUAUGGCACAACUUCCUCCCACUUCUCGUGGUUGCGACUUAUCUCCUCGCCCCUCUCCCGAAUUGGAUUUGUGGAAGGUGUUCCAAUCCGGAUGACUUUAUGGAAAGUAGCAGCAAUGCAGUCAUUGAUAUUGGACGCUUCUGUACCGGAUUUUUCGUCGUGAUGGGAAUCGCCCUGCCAGUUCUCUUUGCGCAUUGUGGACUUAUUCAAGUCCCAGCCAUGAUCAUGUCUAUCGUCGGCGGCUUGCUGAUAUAUGGCACCAUCAUCAGCUUUGGCAUGUUCUUUCAGGAGGAGCAGGAUUUCUAGCUGAGGGAACUGAUAGCUCUUAGUUGUAUACUAUACUUAGUUCUUCAUUUCUUCAUUUCUGACAGCAUGGAUUCAGCGAUGUGUUAGGUCUUACUUUUUGCUUUGUUCUUCUUGCCACAACAAACAUUUAUAGUAAUGACUAUACGAUUAAUAUUCAAGUUAACAC